GUCGUGCCUUAUUGGAAGUUAGUGCUACCCAGUCCGUACGAUAGGGAUGGAAAAGAUUGCAAUUCUAGAUGCAGGUGCGCAAUACGGAAAGGUUAUCGACCGACGCGUCCGGGAGCUCUCUGUUUUUUCUGAGAUGUUGCCCAUCAACACUCCUCUCGAAACGCUUAUGAAAGCAGAUUACAAGGCUUUCAUAAUCUCAGGCAGCCCUGACUCAGUCUACCAGUCUAUGAGUUGCACAUGUGAUCCCAAACUUUUUGACGCAAACAUUCCUAUUCUGGGGAUUUGUUAUGGAAUGCAACUUAUCAACAAGGUCUUUGGUGGCCAAGUGAUGGAGGGCGACACUCGGCAAGAUGGCAUAUUUCAAAUUGACUGUGACACAACUUCUCCAUUAUUUGAAGGAUUGUCAAAACAGGAGCAUGUAUUGUUCACCCAUGGAGAUCACUGCAUCACUGCUGCAACAGGAUUUAAAGUCAUAGCCAAGUCUAGUUCCAACAUAGCUGCUAUCGCAAAUGAUGACAAACGACUUUACGGAGUUCAGUUUCAUCCUGAGGUGGAUCUCAGUACAUGCGGCUUAAGAAUCUUAAGAAAUUUUUUGUUCAAUAUAUGUAACCUGAAGGGAGAUUUUAAAAUGAGUGAUAGAGUAGAAUUGUGCAUUUCCAAAAUACGUGAAGCUGUCGGUCAAAAUAAAAUUUUGAUUUUACUGAGUGGUGGUGUCGACUCCACUGUAUGUGCAGCCUUGCUAUCAAAAACUUUGGAUCCAUCUCAAAUUAUUGCUGUUCACAUUGACAAUGGUUUCCUAAGAAAAAACGAAUCUUUAAGAGUAAUAGAAUCAUUAAAGUCAUUGGGAAUUAAAGUUCAUCUGAUCAAUGCAGGUCUUCGAUUCCUAUCAGGGACUACAAUGCUACACGUCGAUGUAAUGACGGAGGCUUUGGCACCUGCUUCCGUCAGUCCUGCUAAAGCACAGUCUGAUUCUGGAAUAAGCUCAGGAACAUCAGACGAGACAUCAGAUCCAAAUACUAAAGAGUGCAGAUCGACGUUAGAUUCAAUGGCAUACUCUCAAACUACGGAUACAUCUAACACUAAAAGACAGUCACAUGUCAGUGGUGGUGGAAUUCACCCACAUGUAGAAUCAAGAAACAUUCCUAUUGGACCUCUUAGAACAGUUACUAUUUUCCCUGAAGAUAAACGACAAAUUAUUGGUGAUACUUUUGUGCGUGUUGCCCAAGAAGUAUGGACUGAACUUCAGUUAGAUCCUAGUAGUUUAAUGCUCUGCCAAGGAACAUUGAGGCCUGAUCUAAUCGAAUCUGCAUCUCAUUUAGCUAGUCAACGAGCAGAUACAAUUAAGACUCAUCAUAAUACAACCACACUGGUCCAGAUUUUACAGAAGCAGGGUCGGGUUGUUGAACCACUUUCGGAUUUCCAUAAGGAUGAAGUUAGACAGAUUGGUAGACAACUUGGACUUCCAGAGACUAUUGUCAACCGACAUCCUUUUCCUGGUCCAGGUUUAGCAGUUAGAAUUUUAUGUGCUGCAGAACCAUAUAUUGAACGAGAUUUUUCAGAGACAACAAGUCUUAUAAAAAUGAUCUCUGGAUAUCAUCAAAUGUCGCAAAAGCCUCAUGCACUUUUAAACAAGAUCAAUGCUGCUGCUAGACCUGAAGAACAACAACGUUUAUCAAAAAUUACAGCAAAUCGGUCUCUAGCCGCCUAUGUUCUACCUAUUCGUUCAGUUGGAGUGCAAGGUGAUCAUCGUACUUAUAGUUAUGCUUGUGCUUUAUCUAGUUCAACUGCUCCAGAUUGGGAUGCCCUUUCGUUUUUAGCUAAUUUAAUUCCGAGGAUAUGCCAUAAUAUCAAUCGCGUAGUAUAUAUAUUAGGACCACAAGUUGUUCAUCCAGUAAAUGAUAUUACAAUUACUUACCUUCGAGAACCUGUUAUCGAUACUCUCCGAGAAGUCGAUGACAGGGUUAUGUCAGUACUUCAUAACAAUGGUUGUAUGAACAGCGUUGAUCAAAUGCCAGUUGUUCUUAUACCGAUUCAUUUUGACCGUGAUCCAAGUCAAGUAGUAUCUAUUCCCUCUAUUUUACGGUCAGUUGUACUCAGACCUGUGAAAUCAGCUGAUUUCAUGACUUGUAUUCCUGCUGUUCCCGGUGUUCAUAUUCCAGAAGAUGUUGUUUACAAAAUGCAGAAAGCAGCUGAAGAAGUACCUGGAAUAUCUCGAGUUUUAUACGAUCUUACUUCGAAACCACCAGCAACCAUUGAAUGGGAGUAAUUAGUAAUAUUAUUCUCUUAGUUUAUGUGUGUAUGUUUCCGUUCUGUGUCUUUACAAUUUCUUCAAGAGAUUAUCCUCUAAUUUCUUUAUAUCUGCACAGUUAGCAUCAUAGUAACAAAGUGAAUUUCUCGAUCAUGCGUUUAUGACACUGUUGUUGUUAUACAAUACAUUUUCGUUUGAGCUUAUUUCAAUUCUCUAUCAAUAAUGAAUAUAAAAAAUCUUACUGUAUAACCUGUUUUUUUUGUUCUCAAAAGUCCUGCUUUGUUUCUAUUCUUCACCCUCUAUUCAUUAAAUGUAUAAGAUUUGCUGAUUGAUAAAAUUGACUUGUUUUUUUUUAAAAAGAUAGCGGUACCUUAGUUGUUCAGUUGAAAGCUCUUACAUUUUGUCAUAUAUCAUAUGCAGUGUUUUUGUACACAUGUAUGGAUCAGUAUCGUUAACACAUUAAUUACAAUCAAUAUAUAAAUCAGUAUUGCUUUAUUCUGGAUAAUAAAGUAAAUUUUAUGUGGAAGCUUCCUGUUCAAUGUUUAUAUUUUGAAUUAAGUUGUAAGACCGUUAUCUAAAGGCAAAAUGUUUUCUUCAAAUGAAUCAUAUAUUAUGCUCAUAUUAUAAUGUAAUAAUCUUAUACUUUAUGUGAUACUAACAGUUAUCA